UAUGACCAAAUCAUUCAGUUAUCUUUUGUCCGCGGAUAUAGUGCUGACGCUGACACGGACUCAUUAAACAAGACCGAUUGAACCGACUGAGACUGAGCAUCCUAUAUUUGUUUCUCAGCGUUAUCCAAGAAACAUGAAUAAAAAGUGGCGAGGAAAACAAAACACUACUACUGGUUUUGCUUGCUUACCUACUUUACUUAUCUCUCCUUCUUUAUAGAGCUGCGUGAAAUCAAAAUUCAGAAGAGUGAGAAGGCUGGGUAAUUAGUAUACACCGACGCCUAAUACUGAGCUACUCUCUCUUGAAAAGAAUUUUGGUGAUGGCGAAAACCGAUGUGGAUACAAGCACCAAAACAUUAAGUGGUGUUGUUUAUCCUGCAAAUUCAUAUGGAGCUGUUGUUCUUGGUGGCACCUUUGAUCGCUUACACGACGGUCACCGCCUCUUCCUCAAGUCUGCAGCCCAGCUGGCAAGGGAUCGCAUUGUUGUUGGAGUUUGUGAUGGCCCUAUGUUGACCAAAAAGCAGUAUUCUGAUCUAAUUGAGCCUAUUGGCAAACGUAUGCAAACCAUUAAAGAUUUUAUUAAGUCCAUCAAGCCGGAGCUUGUAGUUCAAGUUGAGCCUAUAACAGAUCCAUAUGGACCUUCAAUUGUUGACAAGAAUUUGGAUGCAAUUGUUGUUAGCAAAGAGACAUUACCUGGUGGGUUAUCAGUUAAUAAAAAAAGAGCUGAGAAGAACCUUUUAGAAUUGAAGGUUGAAGUUGUAGAUCUAAUUUCUGAUAAAUUUGGUGGAGACAAGUUAAGUUCUACUACGCUGAGGAGGCUUGAUGCUGAGAAAGCUAAGAAGCCUCCACCAGAAUAACAGAGACAUCAAAUAUGUCUGAACAGAAUAGUUGAAGCUCAAUUUAGAACUAAUGUUUAUUUCUCCAAAUAGUUAUUGUCUUACACAUUCUGAGAAAUAGAAGUUUUAGCAUUUCUACCACGCACAUUUUUCAAAGCUAUUAUGGAACAAUUAGCUUAAAUGCAAAUUUCAAGUCUGUAUGACACUGUUCUGUAAGAUUGAAAUGUUUACAUUGAUUAAGCAAUAUCGGUGUAAUACCAUUCCUUCAUUUUUUUUGCAUA